AUGAACGAGGCGACUGGCGGAGGUGAGCGCUCAGAUUUCUUCACUCUGAUCCCUGACCUUCUAGAGCCGGGCAAUGCGAGUGGCAACGCGUCGCUGCAGCUCAAGGACUGGUGGUGGGAUCUGGGGCUGGAAUUACCCGACCGCGCGGGCAGCGGCGAAGGGCUGCGUAUCUUCAUCAUUGUGGUCUACUCAGUGGUUUGCGCAGUGGGGCUGGCGGGCAACCUGCUGGUGCUCUACUUGAUGAAGAGCAAGCAGGGCUGGCGCAAGUCCUCCAUCAAUCUCUUUGUCACCAACCUGGCGCUGACCGAUUUCCUGUUCGUGCUCACUCUGCCGAUUUGGGCAGUGGAGAGCGCGCUAGACUUCAAAUGGCCCUUCGGCAAGGCCAUGUGUAAGAUUGUGUCCAUCAUGUCUUCCCUAAACAUGUAUGCCAGCGUCUUCUUCCUCACUGCCAUGAGCGUGGCGCGCUACUACUCGGUGGCCUCUGCUCUCAAGAGCCACCGGACCCGAGGGCACGGCCGGGGCGGCUGCUGCAGCCGGACCUUGGAGGACAGCAGCUGCUUCUCGACCAAAGCUCUGUGCGUCUUCAUCUGGGCCUCGGCCACCCUGGCCUCGCUGCCCAAUGCCAUCUUCGCCUCCACGACCAAGGUGCUGGGCGAAGAGCUGUGCCUGGUGCGCUUCCCCGACCAGCCGCGACCGGGAGAUGGGCAGUUCUGGCUGGGCCUCUACCACACACAGAAGGUGCUGCUGGGCUUCGUGCUGCCACUGGGCAUCAUCAGCCUGUGCUACCUGCUGCUUGUGCGCUUCAUCUCAGACCGCCGCGCGGCGGAGGCCCACGGUGGGGCCGCAGCGCCCGGGAGAGGCCUGGCUGAAGCCAGCGCGCGGAGACGGUCCAAGGUCACUAAGUCAGUGACCAUCGUGGUCCUGUCCUUCUUCCUGUGUUGGUUGCCCAACCAGAUGGUCACCGCCUGGGGCAUCCUCAUCAAGUUCGAUGCCGUGCCCUUCAGCAACGAGUAUUUCCUCUUCCACCAGUACGCGCACCCCCUGAGCGUGUGCCUGGCUCACUGCAACAGCUGCCUCAACCCGGUCCUCUACUGUCUGGUGCGCCGCGAGUUCCGCAAGGCGCUCAAGAGUCUGCUGUGGCGCAUCGCUUCGCCCUCGCUCACCAGCAUGCGCCCCUUCACAGCCACCACCAAGCCCGAGCCGGAGGAGCAGGGGCUGCAGGCCCUGGCGCCGCUUCACGCUACCCCUGAGCCCGACUUGGUCUAUUACCCACCAGGCGUCGUGGUCUACAGCGGGGGGCGCUGCGACCUGCUGCCCAGCAGUUCUGACUACUAA